ACGUGUAGCGUUUAUGGCAUAAAAUUGUCGUUGUUCUUUGAAACUGUUCUCCCUAAGCAACCAUUUCAAUUCGAAAUGGGUUAUAAGGUCGAAACGACUUACGACACAAUUCCAGAUAAAUCCAUCAAUAGUUUUCGAGCAACAUAAAUCCGAGUCACGAAACUUUCCCGACUUGUCUUGCACGCAACGUUGAAGUUCUUAGCGAAAGGAAGCUAAAGGAAAUCGCGCUUUCUGUUCAGUAUUUUCCCAAAGUUUUCAACUAUGAGUGCAUGUGAGGAGGAGGCUGAUUUUCCGGGCUUCGACUACGUGGUGGAAAUCAAGACAGGAGAGCCUAUAUGUUUCGGGUCGACAAUUUCCAGGAACACGGCGCCUAUCGGCAAAGGGCUUUCGCCAUUCCAGAAGCGAAACGCCCGGGAACUGUUCCCGCAUGGGCCGGCCAGUUAUCAUCCAGAAAACUUUACCUCCGCCUUAGAUGCAGUUCUGAACAAGGUGCGUAGCAAAAAGGGCGUCGCCCCCCUAGCGAGCAAAGACAAGCGGUUUAAAGAAAAAAUCAUACGAACGCCUUCGCCCGGAAGAUAUGAGAUCGUCUCAAAGCCAAAAACUGUGCCAAAUAUUGCGCCGUUCGGAUUCAAAGCCAAAUAUAAGCGAGCAGAGAACAACAACCCUGGUCCUGGAACUUACGACGUUGGGAGAAUUCGUAAAUGCCGUCGAACACGGUUUAUGAACAACUUUGGACGUCCUUCCAUGAUACACGCGGUGGAAACAGUGUGCGUUUCCGUCCCAUCGGACGUUUGCCUAAAGUGCAACGAAAUCAUCAAAGGAGACUACUGGCAUCAAGACUACAACGUCUUCUUGUGCCACUUAUGUUGGACGGAAGAAAUCCACGCGCAGGAAAUGUACACGAAACAGGAACUGAGGGAAUUUAAGAAAAUCCGCAACUGUUCCUUCAUGCACAGUCACGAGGGCACAGAUGCGGCCUUGCUAAUCAUAGCUCCCAACAAGCUGAAGAAGAAACUGCGCAUUGAAAAUUACCUGGAGACGUACAUUGAUUGCUAGUCACAAAUAAACGGCAUACAUAACACAUAAA